CUCGAAUGGAAAUGUCCGUCUCUGUCUGAUUUUUUAUUUGUUGUCUGAGUGAAUGAGGGCUGCUCAUCAGGAAGUAUCCAGCGGGAGAAACUUAAUAAACGAGUAUUUGACGUUUCGGCCCGGCCACGUCUCGUCCGCUUUGUACGACAAAGAGCAGGCCGUGGCUGUGUCUGCAGGCGCCAGUUGCGUUGGACUUGGACAAUGGGGACGUGUUCAAGGGCCACCAUGCACCUGGACAGGUUAAUAACCGCGGGAGAUGGACGGAGACAGCUCGACCACCGACGCCUCCCAGCUGGGCAUCAAUUCAGAGUACAUGGCAUCCGGUCACUACGUACUCCAGUCCCAAGACGAUGACGGAGAGGAGAACCUGAAUGACCAUGACGACAGCGGCAUCAAGGAGAACUUCAGGGAGCAGGACAUCUAUCUCCCCAUUGCCAACGUGGCUCGCAUCAUGAAGAACGCUGUUCCUCAGACCGGAAAGAUCGCCAAAGACGCCAAGGAGUGCGUGCAGGAGUGCGUGAGCGAGUUCAUCAGCUUCAUCACGUCGGAGGCGAGCGAGCGCUGCCACCAGGAGAAGAGGAAGACCAUCAACGGGGAGGACAUCCUGUUCGCCAUGUCCACGCUGGGCUUUGACAUGUACGUGGAGCCGCUGAAGCUCUACCUGCAAAAGUUCAGAGAGCAGCCCAGCUGGCAACAGACAGAGCACCAAGCAGCUGGGUUGCCAGAUGUGUUGGGAACUUCAACAAGAACAUGGGCCAUGAAGGGGGAGAAGGGGAUUCCUGGAGUGUCGGUGGGAGAAGGCCUGGGAGACGAGCUCACAGACGAUGGCUUCACAAAUCCACUGCCAGCUGGGAUCAUCACAGCGGACGGCCAGCAGCAGAACGUCAUGGUAUACACCACCUCAUAUCAACAGAUUCCCACCGUGCAGCAGAUCCAGUUUUCAUGACGAGGCCUUACCCCCGAGCCUGAACGCAGCGGCCGGAUGACCUCCGACCCCGCCCCGGGGUAAAGGUCAUCAGACUGACAGGGAGGAGGAGGAGGAGGGAGGGGGUCGCAGAAACCCUCAUGUACAGAGAAAUCACUACCUGUUCAGUAGAAAGUGUAGUUCCUAGUUGUGAGGUACCAAACCAGCUGGGAAGAAUCAAGGCUUUAUUUUAAAGGCUAGUCUUAUCACAUGAUUUAGUGGUCAAAUUGUUUGGUUUUUUCCGUGCGUGUGUGUUAAUGUGUUUGAUUUUAUGCAUUUCUUUCUUUUGGGGGGGGGGGUUAUGGUUGGUGUUGUAUUGGACGGAGAAAAAGCCCGUUGUUACUGUCACAUCAGAUCAUGCAGCUCUUUUGUAAGUAAACACGAUGUACCAUGUGCUUUAAUGUUAUGUAAAUCCUUUGAAUAAAAAUUCAAAAGUGCU